AUGUUUUUCUACCGAUGCUGUGCUGCUUCCCUGGGCUCGACUGAGAAACGAGAUCGGUACAAGACGAACCCCAAAUACCCCGACCUCCACAAGACUUUCUUAAUGUACUGGGAACUUCGACAACAGCUUCGAGCCCACGUGGCACCGUCGCUGGGGUAUUGCGGUGCCAUGAUAAACGAAAUGAUCACGAAAAUGGCGGUUAAUACUGCCAACAUGUUGGCUCGACACUUCCGUCGGCGACUGUACCAAUACGUUAGAUUACGGUACGCGAAAGAAGGAAAGAUUCAGCUGAGCUUCUACAAAACCAAGAAACUUAUUGAUAGCUGCUAUCGUGUCCAAGAAGUUCAGGAGUUUGACACAAAUGGCAAUUUAACAGCUACUAUGAAAAUGUGGGGUGCUUGGGAUAAAUGGCGAACUUCAGAAGAGCGCGAGUUACGUGAGUGGCUCGGUAUGGCGCCUUGGCAUUGGACAAUUCGUGAGAAUCUAGGUUACUUUGUGACGAAGGUGUACGACAUGCUUUUGUGGAUGGAGGAUUUGUGGAGAAACACCCAAAGACAAGAGGGGCGCAUCUCUACUCGUUACUACCACAAUCGAGCUCUUUCAUACCAUCUCACGUUACACUGA